AUAUAUUCCCGACUCUGCCUGAGGGGUCUGCCGACUAUGUCAGAAAUUAUCAGCAAAACCCUAUGGUAUGUGUGGCAGCGCACGGUGCUGUACAACGCACCUGGGUUGCCCGCCUUAUUAUACUGGGUGAUCAAGUGGACUUCUACUGGGAUUGAUGUUGCACAUGGGAGCAAAUACUCUUCAAGUUCGGACCCCAAUUGCAAAUGCCAGGCGAUUCGCAGAUCGAUGGUAAACUCAGGCACGACAUGCAAUUUUGCAAGUCCCAUCCUUUAAUCUGAGUUAUCAUAUCAUCCUUGGCCAUGCAUCCGGCGUUGGGAAACCUCGAAAUUGUAUGCAUCAUUAGCUCAUACACUCAACGCAGAUCGCUUCCAGCGCUUGCUUCCACAUGCCGCGCAUUCGAGCACCCGGCCCUUGACGCUCUGUGGAGGGAUCUGCAAUCCAUACAGCCGCUUGUUAAAUGUUUACCAAGUGACCUCUUUAGCAUUGAUAAAGGACCUAUGGUAUUACAGAAACCUCUUGAUCGCAAGAUGUGGGAUACUCUUUUCAAAUACACGUCCCGCGUGCACUCGAUUACUGUACCAGAAUCAGGCUACAGGGAUGACAGGACGUUUAUCCUGCCCGUCACUGUGCUAAUGCUGUCUUGUCCUUCGACACCUGCCUCCUUGUUUCCGAACCUUCGCAAAUUAACAUGGCGCGCCGAAGGAAUUGCAGACUUCUUGCGCAUGGCUUUGGUACCCUCCAUAUUGGUCUUGGACAUGCAGAUUUCUUCCGCCGCUCCCCCUGCCUUUCUCUCGGUUCUUUCGUCUCUCGGGACCCUGUGUCCUCACCUUCAGAACAUGACCAUCACGGUCAACGCUCGAUACAGAUUACCCGACGACUUGUUGGGUAAAUUUUCAUCCUUCAUCAUACAACCUAUUCCUCAGCUCCACCAUCUUCACACGUUGUCGGUAUGGGACCUAGGAAACGAAGGCAUAGAGCACCUUAUGCAGCUGCGAGCUCUGCAGUCGCUGAGGUUGGACUUAGGAACCUCAUCAGCUUGGGACACAAAAUCGCCUUUGCAAUUCCCCGGAUUUCACGAUCUGAAAUUGUUGGGCCUUUGUACCUCUACACUCCAGCAUGCAUCGAACUUCUUGAGUUCACUUCAAGUCGUCAGAAGCAAAGAACUCGAGGUCAGAUACACGUCUCGGUCUGAGAGUUCCUCCGCGAGUGCAUACACGGCACUAUCCGAGUUUUUUACCAUCCUCCAGGAGAAAUGCGACAACGACAGACUUGAAUUUUUCAGUCUCAGAGGAGUUUCAGGGCAGAUACCCACAGUGCCGAGCGUCCUCACGCCAUUGCAUGCAUGCCGCAAUUUAACUCGACUGGUUAUCGAGAGGGUCUGCGACAUCUCCAUGUCGGACGAGGAGCUGUGCCAGCUGGUGGGAGGCUGGCCUAAGCUCCAAGUGCUCAAAAUAAGCAACUAUGUCACCCUUGGUAGCACCACAAUACCUACAUUCCACGGGCUAAUAAGUUUACUUCAACUCUGCCCCGCUCUGACUUCGCUCGGUCUUGUCAUCGAUACCACCGAGUUGGACGGCAUAGAUCUCAAGCGCCCCGGCGGUGGAAGCUACAACCCGCAUCUCAAAUUCCUCGCCUUCGGAAAUUCACCUAUCGAGUCCCCGGUAGACGUAGCUCUCGUCCUGAGCGGCCUCUUCCCCUACUUGAAGCAGGUCAAUCUUGAUUGUUGGGAUACGUCAUCCAAGAAGAUGGAGCGAUGGACGUCGGUCAAUAGCAUUCUUGAUGGCUUCAGAGUUUUAGAGGGGCGGCUCAUUGGAACUUGAUGACGACUCUCGUCUGACAUCUAAGCCCCGCUUGAAUCAUCACCUACACUAUAUCACUAUGAACGAAUG